GUUUAGCGAGAGCUUACUGGCAGUUACGAAAUUUACGAAUUUCAACGUUACGGGUUCAUUUAUAUACAGUACACUAUUUGUAUUAAAUUAUUUAUAGUUAAGUAACACUACACAAUCAUAAAUAUCUCAUAGUUAAAGUGAUUUAUAAACUCAGUGUUGUUAAAACGUUAAAAGUCAACAAGGUGUUGUUACGUUACUUUUGGCGGCAUCACCGAAGCCACCGAAAUAGAUUUCCUUGUGCAAUAAUCAGUGCGUAUCAGUGAUCCGAUGAACUAAUCUGCAUUUGGACCGGUUCUCACAAAUAGGUCACGGUUUUCAAAGAUGUCGAAAAGGUGAUAUCGUGAAAUUUUGUGUCGCACGUUUAUCUGAGAUGGAGGGCUCAACCGUUAGUGGAUUGCGGUCAAGGUCGCGGUCGAAAACACCCUUCCUGCGAUCGAGCUGCGACCAUGAGCACUGCACGGAGAUGGAGGAGCACACCCAUAAGUCAGGGCGGAAAACACCCAUUAAAAGAAGCACCCCUAUCAAGCAACUACAACAAACCACAUCAAAAACAACAACAGAAGUGAUAAGGGAAGAAUCAGAAGAGCUGGUCUCCCCGCCCGCCGCUCGGACCCGGCAGUCCAUGAGGGGUGCUGCGGACCUGGUCAAAACCUCGGAUUACUCCUCCGAGGAGAGCCUGGACAGGCUCAGGGGGCACAGGAAGGAGAUAUUCCAGAACGAGGUGAACAGCCAGUAUGAGCGAGUAUCGACCACCAGCCGGUACCACACGCUGGCGGACCUCACGCUCAGCCCCAUCCAUGCCGCCAACACCACCGCCGACCGAUCGACGCGUUUCAGCAGCCCGGCGCACAGCGCGUGCUCCACGGACAGCUCGUUCGCCGAGCAGGCCCUAGCGGACGCCUCCUGCCUCCUGGACCGCGACCCCAGCCGGGAGCACCUGCCCUACCGCCUGUACAAGAUGGCCGGCGAAUACUGGAAUAAAUAUCCCAAGACGGACUACACGUACUCGCCGCUCUCCAAGGACCGCGUGGAGCUGGCGCCGGGGCAGGUGGCCGUGCCCAACAUGUCGCGGCGCUCGCUGUCGCAGUUCCGCGUGCAGGGGCCCAACACCUCCGCCGACGAGGUGGACGUGGCAGCCUGGACUAGCAGCUGCAGGAAGAGAUACACCUCAAUAGACAGCUCAGACGACGAGUCUUACUUCCGCGGCAACGGCGGCUACGCCCCCGUGGAGCAACGCUGGUGGCUCACCCGCCUGCUGGUGACCAUCGUCACCACCAUCACCACCACCGUCACAAACACCUACCGCAGCGUCGUCGGGCCCUCGCACCGCUACCCCUACACGGAGCGGAGACCGCAGCAAGCUGGCAUCCUGUCCCGGAGCGCGUCAGCGGUCGCGGCGUCCUUCUACUGGCUAUACGCCGCCAUCAGCAGCGCCGUCACCACCACCGUCACCACCGUUACUGAAACCUUUUCGCCUAGCGCAGCGGCCGUGAGCAGCAGCGGCAAGCGCAGCGCGCGGCACGCGGCGAGCCGGCGGCGCUGGUGGCCGUGGCUGCUGCUGCUGCUGCUGCCAGCGCUCGGAUAUGGAUGUUACAAUUAUUCGGAGUACAUAAUGCCUCAAGAAAUAAAAGACACGUACAAACCUCCCGUCAUAAUCCAAGACUCGGACUUGACGAGAAGAGUCGCCGCUCUAGAGGACUGGGCGCUCAACGUCGACACCAGACUCAAGUACUUCGACCAAAAACUGUCCAAGUUCGACAACCUCGAACAGCAGAUCGAACAAUACUCAAUAAAAUAUCUACAGAACAAUCUAGUCCAAAUAAUCAACGCGGACGGCAACAGCGAAGCUGUCGCUGCCAAAUUAAAGAAUUACUUCGAUAAGCAUUACAUUACCAAAGAGCAGAUGCAGCGAAUGAGCAUAGAGAUACACGAGCGCCUCAUAUCUUCGUGGAAGCCUGAGAUGGACGAGGAUAAGAUAAGAUCUUUAAUCCAGGAGUAUCUAGCCGUGUUCGAGAAGCGGCAGAUGGAGGUGAUAGUGGAGAGGUUCAAGGAGUACGUGCGGGAGGUGGAGGUGAGGAGGGAGGGAGGGGAGUUCGACGCGGAGGCCGUGAGGAGGAUCGUGGCCGGCAUGCUGGACGUGUAUGACGCGGAUAAGACGGGGCUGGUCGACUACGCGCUCGAGUCCGCAGGCGGACAAGUGGUAUCAACAAAAUGCACGGAGCUGUACCAGAUCAAGACGAAGCAGUACUCGGUGCUGGGGCUGCCGGUGUGGUGGGUGUACACGUCGCCGCGGUUCGCGCUCACCCCGGGCGCCAUGCCGGCCGAGUGCUGGGCCUUCCAGGGCUUCCCCGGCUACCUGGUGGUCCGAACAUACGCCGUAGUGGAGGUGACGGGGUUCUCCUUGGAGCACAUGUCGCGGCUGCUCGCCGUCGACGGCAAGAUCGAGUCCGCGCCCAAAAACUUCUCCGUCUAUGGUCUCCACGGCGAGCAAGACCCAGAACCGCACCUGUUCGGCAACUACAUGUAUGACGCGAACGGCACCGCCAUACAGUACUUCCCCGUGCAGUACCCGAAGCUGACCGACAUCGGCGGCGUCAAGUACCCCGUCGCCUACGACAUCAUCGAGCUGAGGGUCGAGAGCAACCACGGCAACCCCACCUACACCUGUGUCUACAGGUUCAGAGUCCACGGGAACCCCCUGUCCGACAUCCGCAAGGCUACGGAGGACAGCAUCCGCGAGAGUGAGACGUAGCGAUUGCUCUCACUCUGGGGGAGCGAGCGCAAGUGUACAAACUGACCGACUUUGAAUUACGUGUUGUGUCUGAGUUGGUGAAAACAAUGUGUGUAGGAUGAGUGAUAUCAAGACCAACAUUACAGGCGUCAAUGGAUCAAUGAAUAUGUUACAUAGAGUGGAAGUGUAAUUGAUAGGUUGUCGUCAGUGUAAGUUUUGGUUGAAACAUAGCCAAAUUGUUUAAAUCAUCAUCGGAAAACGACAAUGAAAUUUAACAGAUGAAAACUACAUGGUUAUGUGUGCUAAAAUAGCUUUACCAACACACAAGGCGAAAUGACCAUAUUGUUGAGUCAUUAAAGGAGAACUUAUAACUCUUAGCAAUGGGUGACCAUUGCUUAUAAGUUCUCCAUUGAUGUGAAUCAGUUUCACUGUAUUUCUCUAUUUUAUUUUAAUGUACGCCUAAAACUUGCACUUAGACAACAUGUUAGGUUUUUUGAUUGUCAAGAAAACUAUAAGUGAAAACUGUACGAAUAUGACUAGUGAAUAGACGUAGUCUGGUAAUAUAUCCGUGUAAUUGCGCCCUAAGAAUUAUAAGGUCCAAAGUACAAAGUAUGAUUGUUAACUAUUGUGACUUAAAAUUAUGUGCUUAGUAUUAUGUGAACCAGUGACUAUGUAUUAUAAAAAAAAUCUCGUUUUUACAAUUAGGAAUACCGCACAAUGCCGUUUUAUACGCUUAGUUCUGAAUUUGUAUGUUUAUUGAUAAGGUUUUUAUUUUUAAUUGUGUUUUAAGUUAUUGAUAAAAGAUUUUACUGUAAUUUGUAUGGUUUUAAGUGAUUAGGCUUAAUGAUAUAGGUUAUUGAAGGAGCUAGUCCGGUUAGUUUUUAAUAUAUUUUAUGCCUUAGGGUUAAUGUUUGAUGUUCAAUAAAAUUGUGUCUCAAAAUUGUCUAAAUUAGCGCUAGAAUAGGUACUGAAUUUUUAAUUUGGUCUAGACUUAUAAAUGCUUACUUCUAUUAUCUAAAAUGUGUCAAUUCAAUCAUCUACAUUAUAAAUAUAUUUUGUUCGUUUAUACAGUCCUCAAAAUAAUGCACUAGAUGUCUAGACUUCGAAAUAUUGUCAAGCACCAUCUACUGUUAUAAAUUAAAGCUUAUCUUAUCUAAAUCUUAUCAAUCUAAUACUUUACAUCAUUUUCUCCACAGAAAUCCUAUGUAAAUUCUAGCAAUUCAUCUCAAACUAAGAUGUAGUAUAACGAAAUCAAUCAUGUCUAAUUUGAAACUCAAAUUAUUUAUAUAAGGUUGUUCUCGAAAGUAGCUGUAAGUUAGCAUAUCGCAUUAACAUAUUGAUAUAUAUAUCGUUUUAUGGGUGUUCGUCAUCUAGUUAAAAACAAGUUGCUUGCAAAUAUUUAUGUAUGUUAUUGCAUCUGAAGUUGAUCAUUUCCUAAUAAUAUUCAUAUUUACGGACAGAUUACGUGGGCACCUGUACUUCAUACGAAUGUGACGUUUUCAACUAAAAGGGUGCCUCAUUGUCGGUUGUCGAUAAAGUUGAUUUAAAAUUGAAGCUACAUAUAUGGAAAUAGCGCCUUAUCACAGAAUAAAUAAUAGUACUAGGUACAGAAGACUCAUUCUAACAAAACGCGUCUGUCACGAUCAGCAUAGAUAUGGCCGUUAGGUGGCGACAGCCCCACGCGCGGCUUAUGGCAAACCCCAAAAUUGGGGCCGAACGGAUGUACUUUUAGCUACCUGUAGCAAAGCGACGAAAUCGCGGAGUGAGCCACGCCUGGCUUUAUUAACAACCUACAAUAAGUACCCUUUUGGUUGAAAAUGGCACAAAUAGUGAUGUAUUUUCUUUAACUGCAGACAAAAAUGUGACCUCGGCUCUGGCCCUUCGUGACCUGAACUAUUAAAAUAUCUAAUAAACACUGACAAAUAUACCA